ACUGAAAAAGUGCCUACAAGACUGGCAACUGUGUUAAUCUGCUGCAACAAAGCAGUGGAAAACAUGCUUGCCCUAGCAGAACCAUUUGAGGGUCAGAUCUUGGUUUAGCCAGUUGUUGAAAACAAUGCCCAGUAACAGAAAAACUGCAGAGAUCAAGACUGAAAAGGAAAAGAAAAAAAUGAAACAUCUCAUGCCGGGAAAGGAAAAGGUGAAGAAGAAAUCCAAGCAUGCCAUGUCAGAGGAGGAUCAAGAGGCACAUGAACCGAGGAUGAAAAAACAAAAAAUGGAGAAAAAGGAAGAGCAAGACCAAGAUCUUUCACCAGAAGAGAAGAGGAUACUAGAACGAAAGCUGAAAAAAGAGCGCAAGAAGGAGGAAAAGAGAUUAAUGCGAGAAGCAGGGGUCAUCGCUAAGAAGGAAGUGCCUAAGAAACCCUCAGGUUUGGAAUUGGCAUUGAACUACUUAACUUCCUGGUCUGAGAACCCCAAAGAAUGGAAGUUUCAGAAGACGAGGCAAACGUGGCUCCUGACACACAUGUAUGACAAAGAAAAGGUCCCCGAUAAGUAUUUUUCCAUUUUGCUGCGGUACCUUGAAGGGCUCCAAGGAAACGCUCGAGAUACAACUGUACAGAAAGCGGAAGCUUUGAUGAAGGAAUAUGACAAGUCUGAAACAGAAGAUUCUGCCCUUUUGGAGACAUGUGAGCGCCUUCGGAAAGUUCUUCAGCUGUUGUCAUGAAACCCUUUCAUACUGUCAGGCUUUCCCUAGGAUCCAUGUAUCUGCAUAAUGUUAUGGGAACAGCGCCUUUGCUUCUUUAAAAUUCAGCCGCAACGUUCAGUUUUAGUCAAAAUGAUGUUUUUAAUCUUCACCUUCCCCUUUUUAAAGCAGAUCUCUCCCAAAGCUCGAAAGGCACUGCAAAUACAGUAAUAACUAAAAUGGUCGGUAUUAAAACCAAUGACAUUUGGACCCAGACCUCUUCUUUUAGGAAUAUUUUUUAGCCUUUUCCUGUGCAAUUUUUAUUAGGAUUCUCAUCUGUUGAAGGCAUUCUUCCCUGCUCCAAAGCAUCUUUCAAUACUUGUGUUUACUUUGGUUUGUUAAUUGCUAGUUUCAUCAUUUACUCAUCCUUAGCACAUACAGAACAGAACCUAAAGCUUUGGAAACACUUUAUGUUGUUCUGCCUUCAUUUGAAUUUUAUUUUAUUUCAGCAAGAUAAGGACUAACUAAACCAUUGGCUCUCCAAUGCAUCAUGGUCAUAAAAAGAAACUGCACUGCCAAUCUGCUACGUCCCCAACCUUCCUAUUAUCUUCACAUGAUUGUUUUUCAGUUCAAUAAAUAUUUCUUCAGUGA